UGGCGACCUGGAGCAUACAUUUUUGUUUGCAGAAGAAGGUAAGCGCCAGGUUUAAUGUGUAGUUUAAUCUACUGAUCGACCACAUACUGUUUCUAUUCCCGAGAAGUAGGUUUUCGAAGUUUGCUGGUUCUAAACUUUCACUGUCACCAUUUUCACUUGGAAUGCAUUGAAUUGUACCGUGUACCAACAAAAGUGGUGGCACCAAGAAUGUUGCAAGCUGAUGUCUGGGUAGCGGGAGCACAAUGAUGAUGAUUUGUCGAGCAAUGCAAAUAUUCUAGUCCAGACAUUUUAGGGGCGUUUUGUAUUGGUCGUGUAUUAAUAAUAUUGGUGCAACUUGUUAACGAGCGCUUUGGAGUGGCGUACUCCGUAAGCUACAGAUAAUUAUCUUGUAGCUGUAGCUGAACAACUAGUUAAAAUCGGAUACAAUGUUUCACUGUGCGCGUAUAGUUGAUAGCGUGGGUUACAUGCAAUAACACGAUUGUGUUCUGGAUGCGCAAUUUAUUACUUUGAUAAAAUAGAAGGCCCUGCGAUACUCCCUUGGAGAAGUCUAGACGGCUAAUAGAUUCAGGGAGCAACAUUUUACAACAGAAAAGCAUGCCGUAAUUAUGUUAUCCGACAUAUAGCCUGUUAGUGUUAUUAUUCAAGGCUCUGAACUUACAUAUAGGUCUACUAACAACUUGACCAUCUUUAUGUUUUGAAGCAUUAUGCCAUUUUCCCACGGACUCAAAAGCAUAUCAGAUAUUUGGUUCAUUGUUCCACAAAUAAAAUAAAAAGUCUCUCAGCCUGAGUGUAAAGUAGGCUAGGCUACUGCUGUACUGUAUUUAACGUUGUUUUGCUUUGCUAAAGCAAUCUAUGGUUGUGUCAGUAUAUAUGUAUUAACAAACACAUUUUCCACCAAUAAGGGUUUUUUCUCAGGACAAGCACAGCAGCAUGGGAAUAUAAUAUGAUUAUGUUAUGUGUUGAUAUUCUUCUAGUCUGCCCUUUUUUGGUAGCUGUGUUCUCAACUUCUCAUGGGUCACAUGUCAUACUGCACUUGUUUUUUUAAAGUCAGUUUCCCCUAUCCCAGCCAUGAUUGCUCAAACAAUGGUAGGAAAAAGGUCACUAAUGUUUCCUUCACUAGGACCUCUCCUAUAUGGAGUUCAGAUCCGCCUCGAGGCAGGUUUCCACACUAUAGUCUAUACCCACACGCUUGUAAACUGCGGUAUCCACCUCUUGUCUGCCUCUCUUGCCUUUUCUUUCUCCAUCUCUUUCUCUAUCUCCCUCUCCUUUUCUCUCUCUUUCUCUCUCUCUCUCCACAGAGUUUGGGCUGUGCUGUGAGGUAAGCCAAGGCGACUCUCCCAUGUGUUUGUGUGGGACUGACUAUGCUGUUGUCGGUAGCACUGGUCAUGGUCUGUACUUACACUGUGGUAGCUGCCGAGAAGGCUGAGAACACCAGCCACAAACCACCACUCCACUACAGCAGCCUCUCGCUGCCACAUGACCAUAUCCCCUACUUCCUUCACACUAACAAGAGAGUGGCCAGGCUCUGUCGAGAGGACCUGCUCUGCCCUUUUAAAGUAAGAACUGCACUUUCAUUGUUUUUUAAUAGUACAGGGUGAGCUAUUGUUUUAUUAUCACUGUGUAAUUAUCACUGUUUUAUUAUCAAUGUGUUAUUGUCACUGUUUUAUUAACACUGUGUUAUUAUCACUGUGUAAUUAUCAAUGUGUUAUUAUCACUGUUUUAUUAACACUGUUAUUAUCACUGUGUAAUUAUCAAUGUGUUAUUAUCACUGUUUUAUUAACACUGUUAUUAUCACUGUGUUAUUAUCACUGUUAUUAUCACUGUGUUAUUAUCACUGUUAUUAUCACUGUUUUAUUAUCACUGUGUAAUUAUCAAUGUUUUAUUAACACUGUGUUAUUAUCACUGUUUUAUUAUCACUGUGUUAUUAUCACUGUUUUAUUAACACUGUUUUAUUAACACUGUGUUAUUAUCACUGUGUUAUUAUCACUGUGUUGUUAUGUUGGGUAUCGUACCAUGUUGGGUAUUGUCAUUCAUACUGUGGGGUGGGAUUAGCUAUUUUUAACGCUUGAACUCAGUUGAACUUUUGUCAAGGUGAAUCUAUUUUCUAAGCAGCCAGUCUUGUGGACAGAGAGUGACAAACGUUAAGAGCUUACGAUUACUGAAAGUUUAAAGCUUUGGACAGUGACCACAUACAGAUGUUUUUGUGUAUCAUGGUGGUACAUGUAGGCUGUUUAGUGUGAUCUUUCAUGGUCCAUCCAAGUGUGUGUUAGCACAUCUUUAGUGCUUCCCUCCCUCCCCCUCCCCCACCCUUAAUGUUUUAUGACAGGAUGCUCUGCUGGAUGUGUCGGCCUGCUGGGGGUAUGAGAAGAACUGUGCCCCAGAGAACCGCUUUGGCUAUCCUGUCUGCACCAAGGUCGACUCUGGAUGGUACAACACAAUCCCCCUCUCUGCAUUUCCCUUUAUUCAUUAGCAUAUUGUGCCAAGCUCCUGUCAAACAUGUGGAUGUGCAUAAUUUAUUUCUGCCACUGGUUUGGCCUAACAGAGAUCUUUGUCCUCUUUAGGGCCAGCUCAGUGGAGGCAGCCCAGGAGCUGUUCUGGAAACAGGCAGACUUUGGUUAUGUCAUGGAGCGCCUCAGUGAGAUGAAGACCCUCUGCAAGGCCACCAAUCCUGUAAGCCCUGCCUUCCCUCAGAGCAGCUGCACACAGAGGACUCAGGGAUCCACAGAGAUAAACAACAGGGAUAAACGGAAAAGGCAUUUGCUAAAUGCUUGCAUUUGAUUUCUAGGGAGAUUCGUCUCUGAAAUGCUCCAGCCAUACUCGCUUCUGCAGGGCGACCAAUCUGUACCUCGACCUAAGGAACCCUCGCAGAGGUCAUGAGAGGUCAGUGCACCCUGGGGGACACUUCCUGUCUAGCGCCCCAUCUGGGUUCCUUGUUUUUUCCUGCAUGGACUAUGUCAGGGGAAGAAUUCUAGUAGUUUAUUUUGGGUCUGUUCCUUCCAUUUGCUUGUCCCUUCACAUUCAUCGACCUAAAGGACAGGAUAGGCAAUAUGGCAGACACUCAUCUUAGCCUAAUGAAAUAAAUGAUUAUCAAAUUAAAGAAGUGCGGAACUCACCUGUGCUUUCUCUGCAGGUAUAAGGAGGACUUUCUCCAGGAGGGGGAGAUUGGGGGGCGUUGCAGUCUGAACAGUCGAGCGCUGGCCACAGAAGGAGAGCACAAGAGCCCUCUGCAGUCCUGGUGAGACAAAACAGAAUCCUUAUGCCCCUCCCUGAACUGGCGGAUUCAUAUCAAGGUUUCUUCUUACUAAGGACGUUUCACUUUGUAACAAAAUUAUUUGAUUGAUUGACGAUCAUAUGAAAGACACAUGCUCUUUUUCCCUCCCAAGGUAUGCUGAACUGCAGACAUACACAGAGCUGGACUAUAACACCACAGAUGAAGAGCACUGUGACAUCAUCAUUGAGAAACCUACUGUAUUCAUGAAGCUUGACGCAGGUGGGAACAAUCUUCAUGCCUUUUAGUACAAUGUCAAAUAACUAAUUCUGUUUGUGUACAGUGUAGAACUAGUGACACAGUAACAGAUGUACUGAGAUGUGAUGGACAAACCUGAAUGUGUCUUUUUCACAGGGGUGAACAUGUACCAUCACUUCUGUGACUUUGUCAACCUGUACAUUUCCCAGCACAUCAACAACUCCUUCAGCAGAGACAUCAACAUCCUCAUGUGGGACACGGUGGGUACAACAUUCUGCAACAUUCUGCAGCCCAUCUCCAUUUCACUGAUCUGAGAGGACUGGAUAGGUGCAAGAAAUUUGGUGAUGUCUCCACUGGGCCCUCCAUAGGCUAAUUGGAGAUUUUACCAUGUUGCACGCUGUUGUUUUGUUCAAAGCUGUUUGUACUGUACAGAAAUAAUUGUUAGUAUGGUUGUUGACCAGAGUGUUGUGUAAAGAAGUGUUAGUAUGGUUGUUGACCAGAGUGUUGUGUAAAGAAGUGUUAGUAUGGUUGUUGACCAGAGUGUUGUGUAAAGAAGUGUUAGUAUGGUUGUUGACCAGAGUGUUGUGUAAAGAAGUGUUAGUAUGGUUGUUGACCAGAGUGUUGUGUAUGGCGGUGCUGUGUUUUACAUGUGACUACUUGCGUGCGGAGGGGAUCAACGGGAAGUAGCAGGUGAAAAACAGAAUGAUUUAUGGGAAACCUUAUCCUGUCCAUUGUUCCCCCCUCUGUCUGUGAAGGUAAAGGAUAAGGGUAUAGAAAGAGAGGGAGGGAGAGAAAAUGACAGCGAGAAGGAAAGGAAGGGCCUUUCAUCUGACAAACAACACAAGUUGUUCAGUAAAACAGGUGGCUGACUGCUGGGAAAGGUUCUAAUAAUACAAACCACUGUUUCGUAAUAGUCUCCAUGAAAUCUGGAAUUGAGUUUUGCCAGUUUGAUGAAGCAACUGAAUUUCUUCCUUUUCAGAGUUUUAAUGGAUAUGGGGAUCUGUUCAGUGAGACAUGGAAGGCUUUCUCUGACUAUGACAUUAUCCAUCUGAAAACAUUUGACUCUAAAAGGGUAAGAGAGUCAAAGCUUGGGUUUUGUGUGUGUGCAUGCGUGAGUGUGUGUGUGUGUGGUCGUACAUGGUUGUAUAACAUGUCCAUUACCUUGAAACAGGUGUGCUUCAAAGAUGCCGUGUUCUCCCUACUCCCCAGGAUGAGAUAUGGGCUGUUCUAUAACACACCUUUGGUACGUAUUCUGUCUGUAUCUCUCUAUGUAAUGAGAGAUAUAGAGAUAGAAUUGCGCCGCCUUUGAGGAAAUCUGAAUCCCUUUGAACUGCUUGGGAUGUCCCUGCCUUUCUGACUCCAUGCAUUUUCUUAUUUUUAUCACACAGGCUUUAUGUCCGUGUUUUUUUUUUCAUGCUUCUCGCAUCCUCAUUCCGUUUUCCUGCAUCCUCUGAUAUCCAGUUUGGUCAUAACAUGCAAUUUGUGUCAAAUAUUUAUGUUUUGUAUUCAUCGUGUCCAGCUCUUAUGUUAUUUAAAUGAUAAUUUCAAGGAGAUGUGGACAGAUGGUAACAUGUAAAUACGUAGGUCUAGGGGGCAGCCUUGAGGUGUGAAAUAUUGAUAGGUUAGCCUCAUAUCUGAUGAUUGCUCCUGCUGCUUAUAUCAUGUUUAUAUUCAUGUGCUUAUAUUUAUGACUGCUGUGCUCUGGCCUCUAGGAGUGAAUAACAGACCUGUGCUAUGCUAGGAUUUGAAAUGUCUUUCCAUGUGUAUGCAAUUAUGUUUGGAUUUGGCUGAUUUCUAUCAAAUUACACAUUUCACUGUGUGUGUGUUCUCUCUGUGUGUGUUCGUUUGUGUGCGUGAGCGUGCAUUUGAGGGACACUGAGUGUGUGUGCCUGUGAGGGACACAGACAAAUGGAACUGAUGGUUUUUUAUUGGUGUGUUAAUGGCAGAUAUCUGACUGCUACAGUGAAGGGAUGUUCAGGGCCUUCUCUCAGCAUGUUCUAUAUCGACUCAGCAUUCCACAGGAUGGACCCAAGGUAAGGAAAACUGACCACACACGCACGUAUGACUACGCACACACACACUGACACACACACAAACAUACACACAUAGCACAGGUCACGUUGUUGGCGCACACACACCUUUUCUUCAGUGGUCUGUAACUCCCCGAUACAGGCUUCACUGGUCUUUACGACCCCACACUGAGUGCAUUUGACUGGAUCUUUACGACCAUUGAAGACGGUUGCGAGGAUGCAGCUCAUUGUGUAUUCACGGCUGAUGCUAAUAAUAUGCUAACAGGCUCCCUGUGAGAUGAUGGUGCUUGCGAUAGCGUCUCCCAGCUGAAUGAGAGGUGUGCCCAGUCCUGACCACCACAGCUCCUUUCAGCUCCUCUCAGCUCCUCCAUUCCUCUGAUUAAUGGCUCAGGGAGACACCAGACCAUUGUGCUCUUCUCAGCACCAUAUCAGCUCUCCUUAUGCACACACUGCUGUUUCAUGUCAUCCAUCUAAUAUGUUUUAUAAUUGGGUAAAAACAUUUAUUUAGCACUAUGUGGUGUUGGUGUACUCCCUCUGGGUUUCUCCUGACAGUCUGUGUGGUUUGUGGCUGAUCACUUUCACAGUUUCUCUGUUUUUAGCAUCAGGAGUUGUCUUCCUCAGGCUAUUUUCACCUCAGAUGGCACAAUGCCAAUGAGACUGAAAGGGAGUUUCGUAGCACUUUUAGCCACUAGAUGGUGAUGCUGUAUAAGAUGCUUGCUCUCAACCUUGUUAGCUCAGCCCGCUGUGCUGUAGUUCUAUCAUCAACACAAUAUUUGUAAAAAAGAAAAACUUUUUUAAAAGUACUGUAGAAAACUCCCACUUCCCCCAUACCUUAUUUGUUGUGGCAGUUUUCUACAAGUACAUAAAGUCAAGAUUAAGGUCCUUGAAAAACUAUGGAUGGGCUUAAUAUGUCAAAUUAUGGAGUUCAUCAUAAUAAUAUUUGCAGAUGUUGCAAUUGCUCUUACUGCAUAUAAAAUAUACAUGUCAUAUUUAUAAUAUAUAAUAAUAAUAUAUGCCAUUUACCAGAUGCUUUUAUACAAAGUGAGUUACAGUCAUGCGUGCACACAUUUACGUAUGGGUGGCCCCAGGAAUUGAAUCCACAAUCCUGGCGUUGCAAGCGCCAUGCUCCACUUUACCAACUGAGCCACACAGUAAGUAUCAUCUCACUACCCCUGAUCAUUAUGUUCCUGGUUUCAGGAGGGGAGGAUUCGGGUCACGUUGUUGGCACGCAGCACAGACUACCGUAAGAUAUUAAACCAGCAUGAGGUGAGUCCAGGCUGAGGCAGCACUGCCAACCCUCCCUCCCUCCUUCCAUUGCCUCCUCCAGCUCUUAACUGGCCAUUUAAAAUUGUAUUUGUUAUAAACUGCCGGAGUAAAAUGCCUGUGAUUUAUGCGGCCAGUCUCUGUGUUUGUUUGAGCUCUCAUUGAUCAGAGAAUGCAUCUCACUGUGUUCAUACAGCUCAUAAAUGCCCUGAAGACUGUGCCUCUACUCGAGGUCAGAGUGGUGGAUUACAAAUACAAGUGAGUGAACAGUUUGUAUUCUUUAGAUGCAGUUUAAGGGAAGUCAUGUUGGAUUAUAUAGUACUGCUGGAGAACACAAGGCAGCAGCACAAAAGGAAUUGAGUAACAGUUGGAUUUUAUUGUCUGACACACCGCUAUUAGAGUGGAGUAAAUAUUGAAUGUACAGUAUAGUAUGUUGGAGUGAAGUCAGCAGGAGUAUUGGGUUAAGUAGUAAGUAAAAUUGUAAUAUAAGCAUUUGACGUGCGGGCUGCAGGUGCUGUGUGUGUCACCUGUCUGUCUGUCUGUCUGUCUGUCUGUCUGUCUGUCUGUCUGUCUGUCUGUCUGUCUGUCUGUCUGUCUGUCUGUCUGUCUGUCUGUCUGUCUGUCUGUCUGUCUGUCUGUCUGUCUGUCUGUCUGUCUGUCUGUCUGUCUGUCUGUCUGUCUGUCUGUCUGUCUGUCUGUAGGGACGUUCCGUUCCUGGAGCAGCUCAGCAUUACCCACAACUCUGACAUCUUCAUCGGGAUUCACGGGGCAGGACUUACUCACCUGCUCUUCCUCCCUGAUUGGGCCGUCAUCUUUGAGCUGUGAGUGACACUUUUCAGUCUGUCUCUGUGUGUCUACAACAGUUUUACUGUACGUCAGAUUUUUUCUGGGUCUGUCUGUCUGUUUGUCCCACUGGAUCCUUGUCUCUGUCUGUCCUUCCAUGCUCUGUGGAUGGCAGUAGGGGCCUACAGAAAAAGUACCCAAUUGUCAUAAUUGAGUAAAAGUAAACAUACCUUAAUAGAAAAUGACUAAAGUAAAAGUGAAAGUCACCCACUAAAAUACUACUUGUGUAAAAGCCUAAAAGUAUUUGGUUUUAAAUAUACUCUAGUGUCAAAAGUAAAUGUAAUUGCUCAAAUAUACACUGCUCAAAAAAAUAAAGGGAACACUUAAACAACACAAUGUAACUCCAAGUCAAUCACACUUCUGUGAAAUCAAACUGUCCACUUAGGAAGCAACACUGAUUGACAAUACAUUUCACAUGCUGUUGUGCAAAUGGAAUAGACAACAGGUGGAAAUUAUAGGCAAUUAGCAAGACACCCCCAAUAAAGGACUGGUUUUGCAGGUGGUGACCACAGACCACUUCUCAGUUCCUAUGCUUCCUGGCUGAUGUUUUGGUCACUUUUGAAUGCUGGUGGUGCUUUCACUCUAGUGGUAGCAUGAGACGGAGUCUACAACCCACACAAGUGGCUCAGGUAGUGCAGCUCAUCCAGGAUGGCACAUCAAUGCGAGCUGUGGCAAGAAGGUUUGCUGUGUCUGUCAGCGUAGUGUCCAGAGCAUGGAGGCGCUACCAGGAGACAGGCCAGUACAUCAGGAGACGUGGAGGAGGCCGUAGGAGGGCAACAACCCAGCAGCAGGACUGCUACCUCCGCCUUUGUGCAAGGAGGAGCAGGAGGAGCACUGCCAGAGCCCUGCAAAAUGACCUCCAGCAGGCCACAAAUGUGCAUGUGUCUGCUCAAACGGUCAGAAACAGACUACAUGAGGGUGGUAUGAGGGCCCGACGUCCACAGGUGGGGGUUGUGCUUACAGCCCAACACCGUGCAGGACGUUUGGCAUUUGCCAGAGAACACCAAGAUUGGCAAAUUCGCCACUGGCGCCCUGUGCUCUUCACAGAUGAAAGCAGGUUCACACUGAGCACAUGUGACAGACGUGACAGAGUCUGGAGACGCCGUGGAGAACGUUCUGCUGCCUGCAACAUCCUCCAGCAUGACUGGUUUGGCGGUGGGUCAGUCAUGGUGUGGGGCGGCAUUUCUUUGGGGGGCCGCACAGCCCUCCAUGUGCUCACCAGAGGUAGCCUGACUGCCAUUAGGUACCAAGAUGAGAUCCUCAGACCCCUUGUGAGACCAUAUGCUGGUGCGGUUGGCCCUGGGUUCCUCCUAAUGCAAGACAAUGCUAGACCUCAUGUGGCUGGAGUGUGUCAGCAGUUCCUGCAAGAGGAAGGCAUUGAUGCUAUGGACUGGCCCGCCCGUACCCCAGACCUGAAUCCAAUUGAGCACAUCUGGGACAUCAUGUCUCGCUCCAUCCACCAACGCCACGUUGCACCACAGACUGUCCAGGAGUUGGCUGAUGCUUUAGUCCAGGUCUGGGAGGAGAUCCCUCAGGAGACCAUCCGCCACCUCAUCAGGAGCAUGCCCAGGCGUUGUAGGGAGGUCAUACAGGCACGUGGAGGCCACACACACUACUGAGCCUCAUUUUGACUUGUUUUAAGGACAUUACAUCAAAGUUGGAUCAGCCUGUAGUGUGGUUUUCCACUUUAAUUUUUAGGGUGACUCCAAAUCCAGACCUCCAUGGGUUGAUAAAUUUGAUUUCCAUUUAUAAUUUUUGUGUGAUUUUGUUGUCAGCACAUUCAACUAUUUAAAGAAAAAAGUAUUUAAUAAGAUUAUUUCAUUCAUUCAGAUCUAGGAUGUGUUAUUUUAGUGUUCCCUUAAUUUUUUUGAGCAGUGUACUUAAGUAUCAAAGUUCCUUAUAUUAGCAACCAGACAGCACAAUGUAUUUAUUUAUUUAUAUUUAUCAAUGGCCAGGGGCACACUCCAACACUCAGACAUCAUUUACAAACAAAGCAUUUGUGUUUAGUUAGUCCGCCAGAUCAGAGGCAGUAAGGAUGACCAGGGAUGUUCUCUUGAUAAGUGUAUGAAUUGGACCAUUUUCCUGUCCUGCUAAGCAUUCAGUUAGUACUUUUAGGUGUCAGGGAAAAUGUAUGGAGUAAAAAGUACAUUAUUUUCACUAAGAAUGUAGUGGAGUAAAAGUAAAAGUUGUCAAAAAUAUAAAUAGUAAAGUAAAGUAGAGAUACACAAAAAAAACUACUUAAGUAGUACUUUAAAGUAUUUUUACUUAAGGACUUUACACCACUUCCAACAGGGCAGAGUGCUCUCUGUGCUGGAUAUGGUAUUCUGUAUCUAUAUGUGUGACGGACGGGUCUGGCAGCAUGCAGUGCUCUGUUAGCCCUUAGCCGCAAGGCGUGGCGGUGAAAACAGCCUAAUUUAAACAGGCAUUCAUCAGGCAGGACUGGGAGGCGGACGGCACAGAGAGACGAGAGAGAGAGCAGGAGAUGAAGUGUCUCCAUCUGUUCUCCACAGAUAUAACUGUCAGGAUGAGAGCUGCUAUCGAGAUCUGGCUCGGCUGCGGGGGAUCCGAUAUGUGACUUGGCAGAAAAGGGACAAAGUGCUCCCAGAAGAUAAGGUGGGAAACUCCAGCCCCACUCUUGCCACCACCUCCACCUCCACCUAACUCACCGCCCCAGAUCCCCAGAGACACCUGACUAAUGCUCACCUGUAGCUUCAGCAUUUAUCACCACACUCAUCUGUCAUUUUGUUUUUAGUACACACACUCAUGCUGCCUCGCACACACACUCACAAAUCACAGACCUGCAGUGCAGUGUUCAUAAAGACUCUUUCUCUCACUUUUCCUCCCUCCCCCUACUCACCACACACAGGGUCACCAUCCCACCCUGGGGGAUCAUCCUAAGUUCACCAACUACUCUUUUGACGUGGAGGAGUUCAUGCGUCUGGUGCUGGAAGCAGCGGACUACGUCCUGCACCACCCCAAGUGGCAGCCCCUGCCCAGCCGUGAUGAACUGUAAGCCUGCAGCAGGACAAGGACCAAAGGACAGUUUGGUGAAGUCAAACACACGACUAAAACACAGCCGUCUUAAAAAUCUAAAAGUAUUUUUAACACUAGAGUUGUUGUAUAAUUUAAGUUUACAACAUCACAUUUUAGCAAUUUAUUCUUUCAUUUUUUUCUGCAGUGAGUCUUUAAAACAGCCUUAUAGGCCAACACAGCCCAAGGUGCAUCUCAGUAGCGAUAAUAAGGUGAAAUCAAAUGGCCUUGGCAAACCUUAUGAGUACCUACUACCAUUUCCCUUGUUAGAGAACAGUAUAUAUGCUAUACAUACACUCCUUACAACAAUUUGUAUUACAUGCUGCCACUGGUAGUUGCCAGAAAGAUGAUUUGUUUACUUUCUAAAACAAUGUGCUUAUUUUCUGCAUUUUCUGAUCAAAGUGGUGUGUUGUACAGUGCCUUGCAAAAGUAUU